AGUUUAGUAAAAUGUUUUCUUCGACUGUGCCAGUUUUUAUCACGUGCCGAUUAUUUUUCGAUCAGACAUCGUAAACUGAACUGAAACAAUAGAUUCGUUAUCACUAUAUUUAAAGAGAUAAAACGUAUUACAUUUAUAAUAAGAUUACACAAAUUUCUUCUUUGCUUCGCAUCGACAAAGUAUCGUUAUUUGGACUAGAAAAAAACGUUUUGUUUGUAUAAUUAAAAGAAAUCACGCAAAAUGACUAUUCGUCAUCACGUUAUAGGAUACGAAAACUUUUUAAACUUUUUUGAAAAUUUUCAGUCCAAAGAAUCGAUUUUUGUGUUAUAUACCGGUACAAAGCUUGAAAAUGGUAAAAGUUGGUGUCCCGAUUGUGUAGAAGCGGAGCCGUUUAUAGAAGCUGGAUUACAAGUACUGACUGAGACAUCCCAUUUUGUUGUAGUUGAAGUAGGAGAUAGAGCAUUUUGGAAAGAUCCUAAUUGUAUAUUCCGUAAAGAUAAUAAAACUCAAUUAAAAGUGUUACCAACAUUGGCUAAAUGGGGAACUCAAAAACGUUUACAAGGUAGUGAGUGUCAAAGUGAAGAACUUCUUAAUAUGUUAUUCACAGAGAAAGAUGAUUAAAAUUGGCCAUUUUAUAUGAUGUUACUGUUCUAUAAUACAAAACAGUAUUGAAUAUAAGAAUUACUUUUCUUA